AGGGUGCCCUGGUCUGCCACAGGACAGAAGUCUGACCAGUCAGCUUUCUCCUUUAGCAGAGAUGAAAACCUUUGCAGCUAGCUUCUUCUUCCCAUUCUGCUAGAUCGCUGCUCUACAACAGGUCUGUCCAACUGGGAAGUGCAUCUCGGGGGCUCUUGGGAGCCGUGGUCGACCUCCCCCGCUUUGCCCUUUCUCCCCCGCUUAGAGGAAGCCGCUAGACGCGCCAUCUCCUGGAAGACCAGCGUUCUUGUGAUCAUGGAGGCCUCUCCGUCCUUUCUGUGACUGGAGCAAUGCUGACUGUGGUUUCUUGGACCCAUUCUGACUCAGGAGCCUUCACGUAAAUGGGUCCAGUCAUGCCUCCCAGCAAGAAGCCGGAAAGCUCAGGAAUUAGCGUCUCCAGCGGGCUGAGUCAGCGUUACCGGGGCAGCGGUUUCUCCAAGGCCCUGCAGGAAGACGAUGACCUCGACUUCCCCCUGCCCGACACCCGGCUAGAGGAGGGGGCCAUGGAGGAUGAGGAGCUGACCAACCUGAACUGGCUGCACGAGAGCAAGAACCUGCUCAAGAGCUUCGGGGACUCGGUCCUGCGCAGUGUCAGCCCGGUCCAGGACCCCGACGACGACCCGCCGCCCUCGCCCGCCCACUCCGACGUGCCCUACGACGCCAGGCAGAACCCCAACUGCAAGCCCCCCUACUCCUUCAGCUGCCUCAUAUUCAUGGCCAUCGAGGACUCGCCCACCAAGCGCCUGCCCGUCAAGGACAUCUACAACUGGAUCUUGGAACACUUUCCGUAUUUUGCAAAUGCACCUACUGGGUGGAAAAACUCAGUGAGACACAAUCUGUCCUUGAAUAAAUGUUUUAAGAAAGUGGACAAAGAGAGGAGUCAGAGCAUCGGGAAAGGGUCACUGUGGUGCAUAGACCCAGAGUAUAGACAAAAUCUAAUUCAGGCUUUGAAAAAGACACCUUAUCACCCACACUCGAAUGUGUUCAACACACCUCCCGCCUCUCCUCAGGCAUAUCAAAGCACAUCAGGUCCACCCCUCUGGCCAGGCAGCACCUUCUUCAAGAGGAACGGAGCCCUCCUGCAAGAUCCUGACAUUGACGCUGCCACUGCCAUGAUGCUUUUGAAUACUCCCCCUGAGAUACAAGCAGGUUUUCCUCCAGGAGUGAUACAGAACGGAACGCGGGUUCUGAGCCGAGGCCUGUUCCCCGGGGUCCGGCCGUUGCCAGUCACGCCCAUUGGGAUGACAGCGGCUGUGAGGAACGGCCUCCCCGGCUGCCGCCUGCGGACUGAGAGCGAGCCGGCGUGCGGCUCCCCGGUGGUCAGCGGGGACCCCAAGGAGGACCACACCUACAGCAGCGCCAAGGCCGCCGCCGCACGCAGCGCCUCGCCCGCCAGCGACUGCGUCUCGUCCUCCUCGGCCGACGAGCCCGACGAGUUCGCCGCCAAGGCGGGCCCGGAGGGCAGCGAGGGCAGCUGCCCGAGCCGCGAGAGCCACAGCGAGCCGGAGGAGGACGGCCGGCCGCGCGGCCCCCGGGAGGCCCCGGGCGACGGCGGCCCCGCGCCCGCGCACAAGAAGCGGCCGCCCGCGGCCAAGGCGCGGAAGGUGCCCAGCGACACGCUGCCCCUCAAAAAGAGACGCACGGAGAAGCCCCCCGAGAGCGACGACGAGGAGAUGAAGGAGGCGGCGGGCUCGCUCCUGCACCUGGCGGGCAUCCGGUCCUGCCUGAACAACAUCACUAAUCGGACGGCAAAGGGGCAGAAGGAGCAAAAGGAAACCGCGAAAAAUUAACGAAAACAAGUCACUGAUUUGUUUUGAACUUACGGCCAUUUGGUUUCAGCAUGUCAGGAGAUUUCUAAUGAUUUGUGGCAAUAUCAGCAAUUUAUUAUUAUUUUUUUCUUUUCUUUUUCCUUUGGUUUGCUUUUCCUUCUUUUCUUUCUUUUUUUUUUAAAUUUGCCCCCCCCCCCUCCUUGGUUUUGGACCCUUAAGAAUUUUAUGUUUAAAGGAGAUUGAAGCCAUAGAACUCACGUUGACACUCAGCCGUUUUACAAAAGCUUUUCAUUACCUGAAGACAAAACCGAAAAAGCCAAAAUGACCAUUGCUUCCUCCAGCUUGUCUCAGAAUCCCGCGGCUGAAUCCACAGGGACGCAGCGGUCAUGCUGCAGGGACACACACCCAGCACUAGAAGGCACCUGCACAAGGUCACCACCGAUCAGGCCCAACCUUUAGGUUUAAGAGGUCAGGGUGUGCACCCAGCGGGGGUCAGUGAGUGAGCCCACAUAAGGCAACUGAGGAGACGGAAGGACCCCUGGCUCCCCUAGGAGCAGACCCAGGCUCGUGCCACUGGGGCAUCAGAUGAUGCCAGGAGAAGCCUUGGCGUGGCUCCACGCAUGCAGUGUGAGGUGGGAACAGGGCGGUCACCAGUCCUCUGUGCUUCUUAACCACGAAGCCCAGUAGCAUCUCUGCAGGCAAACCCUGGACCGCUCUUGUCCACCGGGUCUCAGUGACUCAUGAGGAGAAACUGGGUCAGUUUGUAACGAUGUUGCUGAUCACUGGAUUCUGUUCUGCAUUAAAUGAAAAGCAGGUUCCACAAGCCAUAAGCCUGAAGGUUGGUCCUGCUCCUACGCACCUGUGCACACACACACACACCACACACACGAAAGAGGGAAAAAAAAAUGCAAAAAACAAGCUAUGUCUUCUUAACUGCCCAAGUGAAAAUCAAGUUCCAAGAAAUUACCAUAGCUGUCAAGGAAAUAAUGGUACAAAACUUUUUCUGUCUGUCAAAAUCAUUUGAUCCAAGUGGAAACAAAAAGCUUUGGACCUGCCAUUAGUAUUGAGGUGUAUUUUUAAAAGAUGAAAGGCACAUUGAUGGACAAACUAAAGUAAAACAUGGCAAAAAAAGAAGGAAAAACAAAACUCCUAUACUGCCCUCAAAAUGGAGUUUGCAGUUAACGUCAGUCAGUAUUCAUCUUUGCAAAAAUCAAAAGGAUUUCCACAUUCAGCCGUGUAGCCAGCAGAAAUUUCUGAUCCACAAUGCAUGGAAUUCCUUUGAAAAAAGAAAAAAAAAAAAUCACAAAAACACAAACUUUUUUUUAUUCAAAAAUAACAAAGUUCUUGUAAGGUAAAUAAUGUAUUUAGCAUGAAGCAUGAAUUAUUUUCAUAUAAAUAUAGAAAAUAGAGAAAAGGCUAUGCCUCUAAUUUUUAAGCCCUUAGGCUUAGAGGUUCUUUUGGUUUUCUUUUUUCCUUUUUUUUUUUUUCUUUCCUUUUUUUUUUCUUUUUUUUUCUUUCCUUUUUUCCGAUUAUUUUGUUUUGGUUUUUUGAAGCAGGUGUUUAAGGUUUAACCUUCUUCAGGGACAAAUUCUGACUGUUGGGGAGCUUACUCUGCAAUACAAAAAUCUCUUCCUGUUCUGGUAGGGCCUGGAUGGCGGCGCUCUGGAUUGCCUUGUCUGCACUUCAGCCCCCGGCCCCUCUGAUUCUCUGUUGAAAAGUGUGUCCUUUCUCUCUGUCUGUGCAUGUUUACCGUGACGCAAUAAUCUGAGGGCAAACUGAGUCGUGAGUGUGUGUGAUAGAAUCAAGAGCAUUAUGGGACGCUGACUUGAGAAAACCAGGACUGAGAUUUGGUUUCUAGGGAAAACAGGCAGUGAAUGAUGGUGCAAAUUCGCCAGGAGAAGGGGAAACACACGACUGGGCCUUGUCGGAUGAGGGUGUGAGUUAGGGUACCCGUGGCGGAGAGAGUGCCGCGGGCCUGGGAAGGCCCAGCCCCCAGACGUUGCCCCGACGCGGGCCGCGGCGUCCCCACCGCCUGGGUGCUCGGCCCCACCUGGAGCGAAGCCCACCUCGACUGUGGGCGCGGCGCCCAGACCGCCAGGGGACGGCGCGCAGCCCGGAAGAAGCUCCUGUUACCUUUGCCUGAAAGAAAGGAGUUAGGGAGAUCAGAGGAGCCUUGAGAGAGUGGCCUUCCGCCCGCACGGAAGGGGAUCUUCAAGCAUAAAGACUCCUGCUCUCAAGAUAGGGUGCUGAGGGAGAGGGAGGGGGCUGGGGGAUCUUCCCCUUUUGAAACAGGCCGGGGUGGGCCGUGGCGGAGCCCUCCGCCCGCCCCGGGCACGGCCCGCAGCUCCAGCGGCCCGGACGCGGGAGAAACUAACCCGCGCGUCCUCUGCCUCUGGGCUGCUGCUGAGAGGAGCUGAGAAGAAAGGCCUGCAGCCCUGCGCAGGGCAGCCUCCUUGCUGACCCUGCGUGCGCCCAGCGCGCUUGUGCUGGGCGUAGAGAGGUGCGGUAAGGAUGCCUUUCCGCAGCGCUCCGGACCCUCCGUCUCCCCAGACCAACGUCUGACACCCCAAAAGCCAUCCGCCGCUGCGGGACCCGGGCGGCCCUUGGUGGUGUCCCCUCACCAAGCCCCCCUCAGCCCCCCAACCCUCCCAGAUCCAGACUUCCCUCCCGAAAGGCAGAGACAACAUCCAGGACUGGUUUUCUGGCGGGGGCUCCUUCCGAUGGCGACCCCCACCGGUGGGCUGUCUCCCCUCAUUUCCUUUUUUCUAAAGGAGCAAAGGCCUCUUUUAGAAAAUAAUAAAAUGCAAUGUGUGUGAUUUA